GAGUGCUCAGCUUGGCACGCACAUAAACACACAUACAAAUACACAUACAAAAUCACAGAUAAGUACACAAUUACAGACAUAUGCUCACACGCUGAGCCUGAAAUCACUUUGGAAAAUCACCUAAAAGGGACUGUAGAGGGAAUAAAGAAAGGGGCCCAGACUGUGCUGGACACAGAAUCCUGAGGGCCUAAAGUGAGGACAGCUGGUUUGUUAGACUCAGAUCCACUGACCAUACAGCGCUUCAGUCAUCGCCAGCGGGUGAAGAACUCAUUCAGAGAUUUACCCACCCGCUGGAUUUCUUCUGCUAUCUGUGUGGAUUUUGACAACAGGUGGGGCAGUGCUGAUAUUGUCCACCCAACAUCAUGGACCAAGAGGAUGACAAAAACUCUGUGGAUAUCCAUGACAACCCUCCAGUUCCUGACAACGUAGUGAGGGAGGAUGGAGACACUGUCUAUUUCAUAUAUGAAGAGGAGGUGGAGGUGGAAGAGAAGGAACCAGAACCAGAAGAGCCCAUUGUCCGUGUCAACGACAAACCCCACAAGUUCAAGGACCACUACUGCAAGAAACCCAAGUUCUGUGACGUCUGCGCUCGCAUGAUAGUCUUGAACAACAAGUUUGCUCUGAGGUGUAAAAACUGCAAGACCAACAUCCACCAUUCAUGUCAGUCCUAUGUUGAGUUCCAGAGAUGCUUUGGCAAAAUUCCGCCUGGCUUCAGAAGGGCCUACAGCUCCCCCUUAUAUGGCAGUGACCAACCAGAUCCAAACAACCCAAACCUUCACGACCCAGUCUUUGACACCCUGCGGGUUGGAGUCAUCAUGGCAAAUAAGGAGCGCAAAAAGAAUGAAAAUGACAAGAAAAAUAUGAUGGUGAUGAUGGAGGAAGAGGAAGAGGAGAACCAUCAGCCCAAAGAGAAUGAAGAGGGAGGAGAAGGGAAGCCUGAUGAUAAGAAGGAGAAAGGAGGAGACAAAGCAGAUGACAAGAGUAAAGGCACAUUCUCACAGUCCCACUAUUACCUGGCUCUCUACCGCUUCAAGGCCAUAGAGAAAGACGACCUUGACUUCCACCCUGGUGAUCGGAUCACAGUGCUGGAUGACUCCAAUGAAGAGUGGUGGAGGGGAAAGAUGGGGGAGAAGACGGGCUAUUUCCCCACCAACUACCUCAUAAAAGUGCGUGCAUCAGAAAGAGUUUUCAAGGUGACUCGCUCUUUUGUAGGGAACAGAGAGAUGGGACAAAUCACACUGAAGAAAGAUCAGAUUGUGGUGAAGAAAGGAGAUGAAAAAGGCGGCUACUUGAAGGUCAGCACUGGACGCAAGCUGGGCUACUUCCCCGCUGACCUGCUGGAGGAGAUCACUGUGACAUAAAAACCAUGAUACACAGUGAAAGGGCCAGAAAAACACUUUAAAUAUCAGCACAAAUAUCAGAGAUGUCACUGUUUGAGAGAUCCUCUUUCAACAAUUUUCUAUAUAUGUUACCCUCAAAAGUAUCUAGAUUUGCUCUUAUGGUGUCCGUCACAGCAGAGGUGGAUUUGCUGUAUUUGUGCCUUUGAUACAAAGUGGAGCAUUAGAAAAGAGAUGAUUUCAUAGCUUGAAAACCUUUUCAUUAAUACGUACAUUUGUAAGUUGGUAAGAGACAAUCAGGAGAUGUAUUGGCUUUGUUGUGACUAGCAUAGUAAUACAAAUGGUCAGUUACUACUUGCUGAUAAUAGCUAGGACUGAGAAGAGGUAGAGAGAACCUGGAGAGUCUUGUAAAAGGUUGUGAAGCAGUUUAUGAAUGGAUAUGAAGGUGACAAUUUACAGAGGCUUACUGCAAGAUUUGAGAAAUGCAUCAGUAAAUGUCUGCAUUAGUUUGGCAAUACAUCAUUUAAAAGAAGUGGACAAUGAGAGCUUCUGUUAUAUCUUGAAGCAAUAAAGUUUGACCAAAAAGAAAACUCUGAUAAAUAAGAUAUCAAAUUGGAAACUAAUGAGUGUAUGAAAAAAUGUAAGUAUAGUAUAAUGUGUUGUCUAAUAAAAUAUUUAACGGCG